CUCAAUAACAGUGGAACGCAGAGCUUUUCUCAAACGAGAUCAACGUGUUGUGAAAGCGCAUGCGCGAGUGCGGUCACUGGUGGCCAACCAAAACGCACAUUAAAAUGGGCAAUUCUGGCAGCUCGCAUCAAAUGAACAUCCACAGACAAAACACAAACCCCAGUCCGCAUGCUAAAAAUCUCUCCCAACAGUUUCGACAAAGUUCUCAUCGGUACUACGAUUAUGCGAAAUCUGAAAUAAGGUCGAGUCCAACUCCACAGAGAGGGCACAGCCAGCAAUGGCGGAGGUCGGAUCCGACGUCGAACAUUCAGAAAGUAUUAAACUACAAAGCCGAUGAGAAUGCCCAAUUUAAAGUACUGCCACGGAUUGACAAGAACCUACACUUACGAGCGACUACGAAUGGAGCCAUACUCAAUUCCGGAGGCACGAUCAGCGGUCGAAGGAUGAGCGAAACGCCUAUUCUAUGCCCAAUGAACGCGCCAAUGCAACGAUCGCGGACCUUUAUAGCCGAAUCUACAAAUCACGCACUGCAGACAGAGUUUACCCGUUCACAAACGCUGCAUCACGUUAAAGCCAAUUACAAACAAGACAAUUUAGGAACCAAUUCAAAAUCGAAUUUAUCCCAAAUGCAGCGCCACACAUAUUCAGAGCCAGAGCUAGUAAAACAAAAUAAUAAGGAAACUGCGAUGAAGCAAUCGAUGGCUAGAUCAGAGAAAAGGAACAAGUAUACAAAAAAGCGUAGGGCUCCCGAAGUGCCUACUGAAUCGAUGAAUAUGGUUGCUGUCGUUCAUCCAGAAAUAGCUAAAAAAGAGAACAUCUCCACAAGUGUCAAGAUAACGACUGACCAGGGCAGACAAAAUCAUUUUUCCAAAAAUACAGAUCGACUGACUACUGUAAAUAAAGUUUCAAAUUUAUCAUUUAAGAGGAAACGUGCGGAACGAAACUCUAUUAGUGGAAAUUGCACUCCAAGUGUACCAAUACCGCGCUCGACGUACAGGCGUGAGAAGAGUUCCGAUGCUAUUAUAAUAAAAAGUAAGGGUGCAAAGGAGGCUAAUGUUAAAACGGAUAACACUGAAGAUAGGAAAGCAAAUUACAAAUUACAAAACAAUAAUUAUAUUAAAGAACCACCCAUAAAUUCUAUAUCGAAUACCAAAGAAACAAAAAAUGUUUCUGCCCCGACGCCCAAGGUAGAAAAACACAAACGAACAUUUUAUUUCGGCAUGGAUGUCGCCACCACCACAGAGACUCAACAGCCAAUAAAUGGAUAUCCACCAGAUUCUCCCGGAAAGAAUAUCAUCUCUAACCCCAACGAGAACAACGUGAGUUCAAAUGAAGCUACAUCGCUGCUUUUCGUUCCGAAUUAUGAUAUUGAAUAUAAAAAGUCAACAAGUCAAGAAGACAGCGUAGAUGAAAAUGGUUUGCGGCUUUGCAUCCGUCCUACACUGCCACGACGUCAACUUGACACGCCAUCCUUUAGCCCUGCGUUAGCUUGGCGCACUCUUCUCGGUGAUGAAGUUCAGAUUGAUAGAGGAAUUAAUGUGCUAUCAGAUCCAAGUAGUUACCAAAAAAUGGAAACGGAAACCGAGAUGCCAAUUCAACCGAGCAUUACCCAUGAAAUAAGACAUGUUCGUAAAAUAAACAAUAACUUGCCAAAUGCCUGGACGCCUGAGCAGGACUUGUGCGAUCAAAUUGGUGAUAGUGCGCUGGGGAAUCUCACCACAGAUUCAGACUCGAGCUCCGAUGACUAUCGCUCUAAAUGUGAGGAAGAAGCUUUACUAUUCUACGGCAGCAAGUCAAAAAUAUCUUCCCAUAAUUCGGUGUCACCCCUCCACACAUUUAGUCUUUCCCUACCUAGAGAUGGUCACCUACAACAUGCGCGGAAGCUUGAUAAUCUAAAAUCAAAUGAGGCAUGCAUUUACAAAAGCCUUCGGAAAAGAAAACCAGAAUUCUUUUUUAGCAAACGUCCAACUUGUCAGGUUUCCAGCUCAAAUCCUCAAGCCACGGGUGUUUCUGUAACCAAAAUUGAUGGCUUCGAGAACUGGAUGCUGCAUAAAAAUGUCGGACAGAACGGUGUUUCCUUGCAUAGAAUUAAAGAUACAGACAACAGACAGGAGCUACCUGUUAUUGAGCCACAAUCAUUAAAAAUACUGGCGGGGGGAAAGCACGUAAUGUACCUGCCCGGCAACAACGACAGACCCUCUUGCAACAGCGAUAGGGGUGAGCUCGAAACUUGCAAACCAAAACCCAGUCGUCAUUUCAAGAACCGACAACGCCACGUACCUGAAAACCUCCAAGAUAGAACUCCAGUGUAUCCAAUUACGAGUGUAACUGAGGCGAAUGUAAAAUUAGCUGACAAGUUUCAGCGGUUUACAUUCCAUAAUCCAGUGCGGCUACUGGAGAAGUUGUAUUUAGAUAGAUCAACAAAAGAUGCCGAUGUUGAAAUAACUCACAGGAGCGAGGUUGAAGCCUUGAAAAGAGUGGAGGAAGACUUUCAACGCAAUCGUGCCAAUGAAAAAGAGAGUAUUCGUCAUCAGUUACAACUUCAUUUUGGUCUUGAAAAUAAACACAACGAACUUUACCACAGCCUGCCCAUUCCAGCCAUGCUGGAUAGUUUUUCUUCCAUUGACAUAAAUGACACGAACAAUAAUACGUUUCGUCGAGAUGAUCCUGAAGGCUGUGCCUCCAACGCUCUUCCUGUGGGUCUUGAGGAUGGCACCUGCUGAACCUUAUGCGGUGUGAUAGAUAAUAAUAGUUAUUCUCCGACAUGUUAU